UUUCCCCACCUGUGCAUGAUAAAUAGAGCCGCCGGCGUGAGGAUGGAGGCAGGUAAACGAGAAGCAGCUCCGCUCGCCCACAGUCACACACACAGAGAGAGAGAGACAGGAUGGACAUGAAGCAGAUGCUCCUCUUCGGGCUGUGCCUGGUGCCCGUGUGGUCGUGCAAGAUGAACCGCUGCUACCACGACAGCGAGCUGAUGGAGGCGGCGCAGAGGAAGCUGAGGAGCCACUACCCGCAGCCUCCGGAGCCGGCGGCGGCGGCUCAGCCCGGCUCGCCGGUCUCUUGCCCCGUGGCGCUUUUCCCUCAGCGGGCGCCGGAGCACGUCCACGACAGGUCCCUGUCGCCGUGGAGAUACGUACUCGUCCACAUGAAGGACCACUUCCCGCCGUCCUACGCCGCGGCGCAGUGCCUGUGCUCCGGCUGCAUCCUGAUCCAGGCCAGCGGGCCCCCGGUGGAGAGCCACGACUACAACUCCAACGUCAUCACCCAGAGCCGCGUGUUCCUCAAGAAGGAGCUCUGCGACGACGGGGAGCGGUACCACCUGAAGCCGGUGGCCGUGAAGGUCGCCGUGGGCUGCACCUGCACCAGACCCAAGAGCUACAACUAG